CGCAUGCGCACAAAACACUGCAAUGUACGUAAUCAAGUCAACGAACUUUUUCAACUGAACCGAAAUAUUCAUUCCACAAAUUAACAAAAAACCUUUUACGUAUCGACGGUUUCGACUGGUUGACGCGCCCACAAUUCGGCCAAUGAGGUGCCUCGAGGACCACGUCACGCGUCGACUCGUGCGCCGCCAUACGGUGCAUCUACGUAACGCCCCCCCACCGCUCGACUUCUUCGAAAGAAGAAAGAAGAUGGCUGCGCGGUGCGAUAAAGAAAACAAUCUCCCGGAGCAUUGAAGGCUGUAGAAUAACUACGUACCUCGGAGUAGAACAGACCAGGUGCCGUUCGAGCCUCUCCUCGCCAUUGUCCGAGCCGCCGCCGAGGAACGAACACUGGGAACGAACAACGGGGAAAAGACCGGGUUUUGUGUGGACAGUUACAUGUGCGUCCCUGUCACGGAGCGGCCAGUCUCUGGAGGAUCGUCUUUGGAAUCGCUCGUUCCUGAAGCCGGCUCAACCAGCUAGUGAUCUCAAAAAACAAAAAUGGCGGACGUCGACUCGAGGGUGGACCACUCGGACCCCGAGCUGCGGUUCCUUUCCGUUGACAGGAACAAUUUCAACGAUCCGGCGACCCAGGCCGAAUGGACGCAAAAGAAACUCGUCUGGGUGCCGCACGACACCCAGGGCUUUGUCGCGGCUGGGAUCAAAGGCGAGCGCGGCGACGAGGUCGAGGUCGAGAUCGCCGAGACGGGAAAACGCGUGCACGUCGCCAAGGACGACAUCCAGAAAAUGAAUCCGCCGAAGUACGACAAGGUCGAGGACAUGGCCGAGCUGACGUGCCUCAACGAAGCCUCCGUGCUGCAUAACCUCAAAGACAGAUACUACUCUGGCCUCAUCUAUACGUACUCCGGACUCUUCUGCGUGGUUGUAAACCCAUAUAAAAGGCUGUCGAUCUACACGGAAAAGAUAAUGGAGAGGUACAAGGGUAUCAAAAGACAUGAAGUGCCGCCCCAUGUUUUCGCCAUCACAGAUACUGCAUAUCGUUCCAUGCUACAGGAUCGGGAGGACCAGUCGAUUUUAUGCACCGGCGAGUCCGGCGCGGGAAAAACCGAGAACACGAAGAAAGUGAUCCAAUAUUUGGCGUACGUUGCUGCUUCAAAGCCAAAAUCGAACGCGACACCGUGUCCAGCAUUAAUCAUAGGUUCGGGAUGCGUUUCGGAUAAAUUUGCGGGUGAAUUGGAACAGCAACUUCUGCAAGCGAAUCCCAUUUUGGAGGCCUUCGGAAAUGCGAAAACAGUAAAGAACGACAACUCUUCGCGUUUCGGCAAAUUCAUCCGAAUAAACUUCGAUGCAUCGGGAUAUAUAGCUGGAGCGAACAUAGAAACUUAUCUCUUGGAGAAAUCGCGAGCAAUUCGACAAGCAAAGGACGAAAGGACCUUUCACAUAUUCUACCAGCUCCUCGCGGGUGCUUCUGCAGAGCAGAAAAAGGAGUUUAUUUUGGAGGAUCCGAAACAUUAUCCAUUCCUCUCAAAUGGCGCACUACCAGUGCCAGGAGUAGAUGAUUCGGCAGAGUUCUUCUCGACGGUGAAGUCGAUGCACAUAAUGGGAAUGACCAAUGAAGAUUUUUCUUCCAUCUUCCGCAUAGUGUCUGCGGUGAUGCUGUUCGGUUCGAUGCAGUUCCGUCAGGAGAGAAAUUCCGACCAGGCCACGCUACCAGACAACACGGUUGCCCAGAAGAUCUCCCAUCUGUUGGGCUUGAGCGUUACAGAGAUGACGAAAGCAUUCUUAAAGCCACGGAUCAAGGUUGGCAGGGAUUUUGUGACCAAGGCCCAGACCAAAGAGCAGGUUGAGUUUGCUGUCGAAGCGAUCUCCAAAGCCUGCUACGAAAGGAUGUUCAGAUGGCUUGUAAAUAGAAUCAACAGGUCCCUGGAUCGUACAAAGAGACAAGGCGCCAGUUUUAUUGGCAUCUUGGAUAUGGCCGGCUUCGAGAUCUUCGAGCUGAACAGCUUUGAACAGUUGUGCAUCAACUACACGAAUGAGAAACUCCAACAACUGUUCAAUCACACUAUGUUUAUUCUUGAGCAGGAAGAGUAUCAGAGGGAGGGCAUCGAAUGGAAGUUCAUAGACUUCGGACUGGAUCUACAGCCAACCAUAGAUCUCAUUGACAAACCCAUGGGUAUCAUGGCAUUGUUGGAUGAAGAGUGCUGGUUCCCAAAAGCUACGGACAAGACGUUCGUAGAGAAAUUAGUGGGAGCACACAGUGUGCACCCGAAAUUCAUGAAGACUGACUUCAGAGGUGUCGCAGACUUUGCUAUUAUACAUUAUGCUGGGAAAGUUGAUUACUCUGCUGCGAAGUGGUUGAUGAAAAACAUGGAUCCGUUGAAUGAAAAUGUGGUCAGUCUCCUGCAGAACUCUCAGGAUCCCUUCGUCUGUCAUAUCUGGAAGGAUGCUGAGAUCGUUGGGAUGGCCCAACAGGCUUUAACCGAUACACAAUUUGGUGCGAGAACCAGGAAAGGAAUGUUCAGAACGGUCUCACAAUUGUACAAAGAGCAACUGGCGAAACUAAUGGUUACUCUCAGAAAUACUAAUCCUAACUUUGUCAGAUGUAUUAUACCUAAUCACGAGAAGCGGGCCGGGAAGAUUGAUGCUCCUCUGGUACUAGAGCAGCUGAGAUGCAAUGGUGUCUUGGAAGGAAUUCGAAUUUGCCGUCAAGGAUUCCCGAACAGGAUACCCUUCCAAGAAUUUAGGCAAAGAUACGAACUCCUGACACCUAAUGCUAUCCCCAAAGGCUUCAUGGACGGGAAGAAGGCGUGUGAGAAAAUGAUCCAGGCACUGGAAUUAGAUCCCAAUCUUUAUCGAGUAGGUCAAUCGAAGAUCUUCUUCCGAGCCGGAGUAUUAGCUCACCUUGAAGAAGAGCGUGACUACAAAAUCACGGACAUAAUCGUCAACUUCCAAGCGUUCUGCCGCGGCUUCUUGGCUCGUAGGAAUUAUCAGAAACGUCUUCAACAACUGAACGCCAUUAGGAUCAUUCAAAGGAACUGUGCAGCAUAUUUAAAACUUAGAAACUGGCAAUGGUGGCGUUUAUAUACCAAAGUGAAGCCAUUAUUAGAGGUCACGAAGCAAGAAGAAAAAUUAACCCAGAAGGAGGAUGAACUGAAGCAAGUGCGGGACAAGUUGGAACUGCAGUUGCAUUCUUCACAAGAGUAUGAAAGAAAAUAUCAGCAAGCUAUCGAAGAAAAGACAGUAUUAGCUGAGCAGCUGCAAGCCGAGGUAGAGUUAUGCGCAGAGGCUGAGGAGAUGAGGGCAAGACUAGCAGCAAGAAAGCAGGAAUUGGAAGAAAUCCUUCAUGAUUUAGAAGCAAGGAUCGAAGAAGAAGAGGAAAGGAGCGCAGCGCUGACACAAGAGAAGAAGAAGCUGCAACUGAACAUCAGCGACCUUGAGGAACAGUUGGAAGAAGAGGAAGCCGCCAGGCAGAAACUGCAAUUAGAAAAAGUGCAAUGCGACGCUAAGAUCAAGAAACUGGAAGAGGACCUGGCACUGUCUGAUGACACAAAUCAGAAAUUGUUAAAGGAAAAGAAGAUCCUGGAGGAGAGAGCAAAUGAUCUUUCCCAGACGCUCGCUGAGGAGGAGGAAAAGGCGAAGCACUUGUCCAAACUGAAGGCUAAACAUGAGGCAACCAUUGCGGAUCUGGAAGAGAGAUUGUUGAAGGAUCAUCAGCAGAGACAGGAGGUGGACAGAUCGAAGAGGAAGAUUGAAACGGAAGUUUCAGACUUGAAGGAACAGCUGACUGAACGGAAGACGCAGGUGGAGGAGUUGCAGUUACAAUUGGGGAAACGCGAGGAAGAAUUAAAUCAAGUUAUGGCGAAGAUGGACGAGGAGGGCGCGGCGAAGGCUCACGCGCAGAAGGCGUUGCGAGAACUGGAGUCUCAGCUGGCUGAGUUACAGGAAGAUUUGGAGGCUGAAAAGGCUGCGAGGAGCAAGGCUGAGAAGCUAAAGCGCGAUUUGAACGAGGAACUGGAGGCCUUGAAAAAUGAAUUGCUGGAUUCUUUGGAUACCACAGCUGCUCAGCAGGAACUAAGAAGCAAGCGGGAGCAAGAACUGGCGACGCUAAAGAAGAACCUCGAAGAGGAGACCUCGGUUCAUGAGGCCACGCUUGCGGACAUGCGUCACAAGCACACUCAGGAAUUAACAGCUAUAAAUGAACAGAUGGAUGCCUUGAAGAAGACUAAGGCAGUGUUAGAGAAAGCGAAGGGGACUCUAGAGGCUGAGAAUGCUGAUUUAGCUUCAGAGCUGAGAUCUGUCAGUGCUAGCAGACAGGAAUCUGAUAGGAGGAGGAAACAAGCGGAGCAACAACUUGCUGAAAUCAAUGCCAAGCUUGCCGAAGUAGAAAGAAAUAGACAAGAGCUUGUUGAGAGGGUUACGAAGCUGCAGCAGGAGUCCGAGAGCAUCAUGCAGCAGCUGGAAGCUGCAGAGCUGAAAGCCUCGGCUGCUCUGAAGGCCUCUGCCACUUGUGAGUCCCAAUUUACUGAGCUCCAGCAGCAACUGGAGGAGGAAACGAGGCAAAAGUUGGCGUUGAGCUCUAAGCUCAGAGCAUUGGAGAGUGAAAAAGAGAGUUUGCAUGAUCAGUUGGAGGAAGAGGAGGAAGCGAAGAGAGCCUUAGAUAAACAGGUACUUGGCUUAAUCGUACAAUUGGCGGAGGCGAAAAAGAAAGCAGAGGACGAAGCUGAAGCUGCUGUGGCCUUGGAGGAAGCUAGAAAGAGGUGCCUCAAAGAUAUGGAAGCGAUUCAGAGACAGGUCGAGGAGCUGCAGGCUGCCAACGAUAAACUGGAUAAAUCGAAGAAAAAGAUUCAAGCGGAAUUGGAGGAUAGUAUUAUUGAACUCGAAACGCAGAGAGCUAAGGUGCUGGAACUGGAAAAGAAGCAGAAGAAUUUCGACAAGUUUGAGGAACUUUCUGUGCUAGCUGAAGAGAAGGCAGUGUCAGAGCAGUACGCAGAGCAACGAGAUGCGGCAGAACGUGAGGCCCGAGAGAAAGAAACCCGAGUGUUGUCCCUGACCCGAGAACUUGACGAAAUGAACGAGAAAGUCGAAGAACUCGAACGUGUUCGUCGAGGUCUUCAAUCGGAGCUUGACGAGCUGGUGAACAACCAAGGAACAGCAGACAAGAACGUUCACGAGCUAGAAAGGGCAAAACGAGCUUUGGAAUCUCAGUUGGCAGAGCAACGUUCCCAGGUUGAAGAACUCGAAGAUGAGCUGCAGUUCACAGAGGACGCCAAGCUGCGCCUAGAGGUGAACAUGCAAGCCCUGAGAACUCAGUUCGAGCGAGAUCUUCAAGCCAAAGAAGAACAAGCCGAGGAGAAGCGAAGAGGUCUAGUGAAGCAGCUGCGCGAUCUUGAAGCAGAGCUUGAAGACGAGAGGAAACAGAGAGCUGCGGCCAUUGCACAACGUAAAAAGAUGGAAGCGGAUUACAAAGACAUCGAGCAACAACUCGAAAUGCACAACAAGGUCAAAGAGGACGCGUUGAAACAGCUGAAGAAGCUGCAGGCGCAGAUCAAAGACAGCACCAGGGAGACAGACGAGGCUAGAGCUGCUAGAGACGAGUUGGCAGCGAGUGCUAAGGAAACUGAGAGGAAAGUGAAGAGUCUGGAGGCGGAUUUGAUGCAGUUGACCGAGGACUUCGCCAGCAGCGAGCGUGCUAGAAGAGCUGCUGAAAACGAGAGGGAUGAGCUGCAGGAGGAAUUGAAUAAUAAUGCUAACAAAGGAACUCUGAUGCUUGAUGAAAAGCGGAGACUGGAGGCUAGGAUUGCGACUCUCGAGGAAGAGUUGGAGGAAGAACAGUCGAAUGGGGAAUUGUUCAUGGAUAGGGCUAGAAAGGCUCAGAUAACGAUCGAACAGCUGACAAAUGACUUGACUACUGAAAGAUCUACCACGCAGAAGCUGGAGUCGCACAAGCUCCUGCUUGAAAGACAAAACAAAGAGCUCAAGGCCAAGCUGACCGAGCUGGAAACUGCCCAGAGGGCGAAGACCAAGGCCACGAUACAACAGAUGGAGUCCAAGAUCAAUAAUCUUGACGAACAGCUGGAGACCGAAGCUAAGGAGAGAUUCGCACAGCAGAAGAUUAAUAGGAAGCUGGAGAAGAAACUGAAAGAAUUGAGUUUGCAGUUGGAGGACGAAAGGAGAAAUUCGGAUCAGUACAAGGAGCAGGCUGAGAAGGUCAACGCCAGGAUGAAAGCGCUGAAGAGGCAGCUUGAUGAAGCUGAGGAGGAGAUCAGUAGGCACAAGGCCAUGAAAAGGAAAGCGCAGAGGGAGAUGGACGACAUGCUGGAGAACAACGAGGAGCUUAACAGGGAGGUGGCAAACCUUAAGAACAAACUCAGACGCGGUGGUCCUCCAAUAAGCCUAAGUUCGACACGUCUGAAACGCGGUUCCGUUCAGACCGGCGGCUCCGGGGACGACUCGACAACGCAGGACGAGAGCAUCGACGGCGAAGAGACCGUCAAUUAAACUCCAAGAGGAUACAACAAUUAUUUACUGAACCCUCACAACGCAGGAAACCCGUAAAAAAAGAAAACCAAGGUUCAUGGGGCGCGCGGCUUCGGCGCGGUUCGCGUUGGGAUUCAAAUUUCCCGUGCGCCCGACGAUGCCAUUAGAUGAGGGCGGCUUCCUUCUGUACAUAAGAGACUCGGCAGAGCCGUACUGAGUAGUAUUUUACCCUAGUUCCGCAAAGAUUGACGAGCCCCAGCAAUUCCACCAGAACGAAAUCAUUAGAAACUGUUCGCUCGUCGGGGUAAACUCUCCACCGACCUUUCUCAUGCAGAUUUACGACACUGGGAUGCCAUACUUUGUACAAGCUUUACCAUAGAAAUUCUCAGAAUCAUGGUGUCUCAUCGUUCUUUGCGGGAAAUGCUACCACAUCAUGCCGGGUAAUAUCGAGACUAGAAAUAUAUUAUUGGGGCUGCAUAAUCGAUAACGAAUUAACACCACAUUUAGGGCAGCAUUAAUAUCUAUUAUAUUAUAGUUAUAUUAAUUAUUAUUAUUAUUAUUAUUAUCGCAAAAGAAUCGUAAUAUGUUAUUUGUAAUUGUUUUUAAUCAUCGAGCCAACGAUUCGUCGGGUCGUUCCGAGAGGCCAAGAACUGUCUAACUUUCCGUCGAUGGAUUUCGCUGUUACUGACGGCCAGUAAUCUGUUUAAACAAAAUUUCACGCCACAAAGUAUUCAAUGAUUCCGAAGAGAGUGAAUUUUCGAACUCGGAACGUCGGCUUUCGAAGAGAAAGUAUUAUUAUUUUUAAGAAGAAUUCAUACUCUUUAGCGUCUCGUUUAAGUUUUUCUGUUUUGUUUCUACCCCCUUCGAGCUACAAUUUUCGUUUGUUUUUGGAACCUGUGUGCUAGCCUGUCGGAACGAACCGGAAAUCGAUGAUCGCGAUUCAUCGGAGGUGAUCAAGAACUUCUUCGUUUCAUGUGAUCUGAUUUCGAACGCAUCGAAAACCGCUCCAAAAAUCUUUUUUAUAAAAUCGAUUACUUCGUCAAGAUUGAUUUGUCGAUAAUGUUACUGCAUGAUGAUGAUCAUUUGGGAACUUUUCGGUGCGUGUGAAAUUGAAUUUUUUCUACACGAGAUCGCCGUGUGAAAUAAAGGAGGGAAGAGAAACGGGAACGUUUUUAUACAUGCAUUUUUUACAACGUGUGCAUUUCUCGUGCAUUCAAACGCAACGUGCUUUAACCUCUUUUUGUCAAUAUUUAUACGAAAAGAAAAAAAGAAUACGCUUCUUCUUCCGUAGCAUCGCGUUUCGCAGUACCUCGAUAAUGUCGCGCGAUGCUACGGAAGAUAUGCUGUAUGUAUAAUAUGACAGAGCAGUAUUCAUGAUCAACGUGACAACCGAAGUGAAGAAAAUGUUUAAAACUAGUGGCAAUGGUGCGAGACAAAUAAAAAAAAAUUGUAUUUUGAAGAACAAGACAAAAAGAGAUUAACGGGCGGGUUAUACGUAUUUGUAUGGGGGUGAUUUUGUGCAGAAAGUGUGCAAUGAACACACGCCCUAAACUAAGCGCGCCUACAAGGAGGUAUUGUCGAAUGAAGUUGCAAAUUUUCAAUUGAAAAUAAACUUUUAUUUUGCAAAGUUCACUGGACGAUUGUAUCUUUUGUAAACAAGCUUAAUAAAAGAAAAAUUUUUCAGAAACUCCGAAAUUUUAUCCAGAUUUCAUCCUGAUACAAAAAUUUCCAAAAGAAAUUUGCAACUUUACGAAUAACCACCGCCCACCAAGUUGCAGGGUAAUUUUUUCAAAAGCACUUGCUGCAAAAAAUCAUUUGAAGAAAAUAUCGAUAUUCUGUGUAUGUACGUAUUUACAUAUUCAGAUUACGCCGCAUUCAGAGAACAGUGAAAAGAAAACGGUUUUUAUACAGCUAGAUUUUUUUUAAACGGAGAACCGGUUCAGCUAGAAAAUCUUGAUACUGUCAUCAAACGUUUUUACGAGUUUUAUAGAGGACGGGAGUAAUUCCUUGAAGUAACACGCCUUAUCGUAUACUCUCACUCUCUCUCUCUCUCUCUCUCUCUUUCUCUCUCCAUAUAUAUGUAUAUAUAUUAUACAUAUAUAUGUAUAGGACUAUAAUAUUUUUUGAUACGGCUAAGUGAUUCUACACGAACUGAACUGGCCUGCUUUUUUACGUUAAACGGCUUUCUAGUGACUUCUUAGGCGGGCUUUCCAAAUUCGAGAUCGAACUGCCACUUAACUGUCGGACCAUUAUUGGUCGCAAUUACUCUAAUUAAAUCUAAGCAUCUCCGGAGUACACUUAAUAAACGUUAUACACAUUUUCGACGAAUUUAGUUGCUAAGGAAUAAAUUAUAAUUUCAUAAAUAAGGGAGGAUACUACCCUCUAAUAAAUUGUGUCCGUCGGAAUAAGUGUGUUAACGUCGACGAUUAUAAUGUUGCGCAUCAAGUGAUUAGUAUUGUUGAGUUUUAUAUUUGAAAAUGGUCUGCGGUAGAUUACAAAAAUUUCCUUAAGCAAGGCCAGCGAUUUUUGAAGGUUUCGAAUCUUUUGUGAUAUAUGAAAAAUAAUGAUAAAAAGGACUGUUCCAAUUUUUAUACGUGUCCUUAAUUAUCACUAGAGUUAAUUAUUACUGGUGAAUGACCACUUCAUGUGCAACAAUAUGCUACCAACGUGGAAUUGAUACUUAAACAGAUUUUUAUAAUUAUUUAGGCGUGCAAAAUUGAAACCGACUACUUCCAUUCUUCGAUUUUUGGAUAAGUGUUAAAACUGUGUCCCAUUGGUUGCCGUUUCCAUUUGUAAUCGCUGUGCGUAAUAGCAGUUUUUAAAUGAUGUAUAUCUUGAUUAUAUUUACGGUGGAACAUUUUUUUCAUCGGGAUUAACUAAUCCGAGGAUUUAUAAUAACAAUAGUAAACGAAUCCUUAGUAAUCUUUUGCUGUAAAAUUUUGUAUCAAUGUACAAUCGUUUACAUGUAUGCCUUGCAACGUUGAUUAUUAUCAGCGUAGACGUGUGUGAAUGUGGCCAUAAAUUACUUAGACUUUAAUAUACUUAUUUUUUUAUUUAACUGAUAAGACGAUGCUAUUGUACUCUCAUGUUUCUAUAUUUACUAACACCAAUAUGAUGCAGAAACACAAAAAAAGAAAUGGAAACAUCGGAUCGAACAUUUUUCGGAGUUCCUUACUCUUAAGAAUAAUCAUUGGAUGUGGGAUAAAAGUUGUAGUAUCUGU